ACCUGCGGCCAUGGUGCUCUUCUUUUUUUUUAUUUUUUUAACAUCCGUAUGGUACAAGCUGGCAGUGGGAACAAGUCAUUUAGGAAGCAUAUUGACUCCACUGGACUUAUUCUGUGUUUCUUGAGGUUCAGUUUAGUUUUUUACUGUUUACUUUUUCGCUUCGUAUCCUCGUAGUCACGAAAAGUUAGGAGUUGUUGACAUGUCAGCACUAUAAUAAGCUAUGGUAGGCUACACCUGUGAAUGAACGACUGUGUGAGUAAGAGCUCAGCAUCUACGGAUGCACCACCGGUUCAUUUGUAACGGACAGGAGCUGUCUGUGGGUGUCUAAAGAUCAGACAGACAGGAUGAUCUACAUCAUAAUGGGAGUCUCGGGCUGUGGAAAAAGCACUUUAGGGGCCUUACUAUCAGAAAAGCUGGGCUGGCCCAUGCAUGAAGGGGAUGACUUCCACCCGCAGGAGAACAUUGAGAAGAUGUCUCGUGGUGAACCGCUCACAGACCAGGACAGAUUUCCUUGGCUUCUCAAACUACAUGAAGUCAUUGAGAGAGAAAGGUGUUCAGGCUCCGAUGCUCUUGUGGUCUGCUCCGCCCUAAAGCGCCUGUACAGACAGAUCCUGCUCUAUGGCUCCAAAGCUCUCUCUUCCUCUUCCGGCCUAGACGAAGAUGUCCUGCCUCCCUCCUGUCCCGAUGUCUUUUUCCUCUUCCUGCAUGGUGACUACGAUCUCCUUCACCAGAGGAUGGUGGCCCGGAGGGGACAUUACAUGGGAGCAAACCUGCUGCGUUCCCAGUUUGAUGUUUUAGAGCCUCCACUGGAUGAGGAGAACGUGUUGCCUCUGGACAUCAGGAGGAGCAUCAGUGAUAUGGCCACGGAGGUCGAGCAGCACGUCAUGAGUCUCAAGUCGUCACCGAUGCCUUGACCACCGCUGCAGAUCAAACGAGAGAGAGAAAUCAUCCGUUUUUAGCCAUUCUAGGGGUGGUUAGUAAGUCGGUCCACCACUCUGGUCCAAACUAAAAUAUCUCAACAAUUAUCAGAUGGAUUUCCAUGAAAUUUGCUGCAGAUAUUCAGUGUCCCUGCAGGACCCGUUCCAUGAUCCCCUGACUUUUCCCGUAGUGCCACCUGCAGCUCAGAGUUUUCACUUAUCCUGUGAUACAUCUCAACAUCUAUCUGAUAGUUUGGAACUAAUUUCGUACAAACAUUCAGGGUCCCCACAGAGUGAAUUGUAAUAACCCCAUAAUGCCCUCACCUUUCAUUUAGCACAGGGGUCGACAAUCUUUUUGAUAUAAAGUGCCAUUUUUUGAUUUUCUUGUUAACCAGUGUGCAAUAUAAACAUUAAGAUUAACAUUAAGUUUAAUUUUGACACAAUUUCAGUCCAUCCGUAUAGGCAACAUGCAUAGCAACAUUUAAUAAUAAGGACAUUGUAAUUAUAUAUAGGAGCACUAUACAAGAAGGCUACCAUCCUUAUGAAAAUGUACACAUCUGAGUUAAGAUCACACAUACAGCCAUGAGACGGAGCGCAACUGUCAAUGGCUGCGAAAGAGGUAAUUUGGCAUGCAGGUAAGAGGGUAUUAAAAAAAACCUUUUGCUAGUGCUCCAUUCGUUAAGCUGCGUGCCUUCCUGAGGUUGCUGACCCCUGAUCUAGCAGCAUCGUCAGGUCAAUUUAUAAUUUGUCCAGUACUUUGGUUUAUGACCAAAUACUAAUGACAUUCCCAUCAUCCUCAGCUGUAAUUUGUGUUUAGUGCUAAUUAGCAAAUGUCAGCAUGUUAACACACCUAAUUAAGAGGUUAUGAACACGGUCCACAUCAGUAUGAUAGUAUUGCUAUUGUUUGCAUGCAAAUGUUAACUAGUUAACCUUUAGCUCAAAGCACCACUGUGCCUAUUGUAAGUUGAGCUUCACAGAGCUGCUAGCAUGACCAUAGACUUUUAAUCUUGUUAUGAUCCGCCAUAUCCAGUUUAUAUCUUAGUGAAGGUGAGAAAUAAAGCAUUGUCCCAGCUGUGGUGCAAAACCACAGAGAUACUAGACAGUAGUGGGAUAUUUGGUUUGAUCUAUUGCUGCUUCAGUGCAGAAUCAUCCUGUGGUGAAUUUGAUUCUGAAAACUGCAGCAAACAUUUUAAAACACAGUUGAAGUGCCAUUCCAGUUAAUGCUGCAGAGUAUUUGAUAUUGUUUUUUUUUCUGAAUAAGACCUGAACCUCCAAUAGUAUGCAACAAAGAAAAAGACUAAAUGUUCACAGGAUAGUAUAUUAACUCUUAGUGAACUGGAUUGUGGUAGCGUUGUAAAAGCUGGCACUUUGAAGAUUUAACGUUGGUGAAAAUUUUUUACGUAUUUGGUUACAUGGCUAUGACAGACACGUAACAUUUACAGGGGAAAUUUGACUUUGUAAUCACAGUUGCAUUACAGCUGGAAUAUGAAAUGAAGAUUGACUGAUGAUGGUUUUGGUUGAAUAUUUUAUACCUCAAGUUUUGGAAUCCUGUGUUUAAUAUUUUAUUUUUCUUUGGCAUUAAUAUUUAAAUGUUUGCAUCAUGUGCUGACAUUCAAAGGCCCAAAACCCAAACGUAUUCAGCUGACAGUCACGUUAGACAAAGAAGAGCAGCAAAUCCUCACAAUACAGAAGCUGGGUCGAUUCAAUCAAUCAAUCAAUUAGCAAAUGGUUUCAGCUCUACAGGGGAAUCCAUUCAUAUUUCAGAAAAUAAUACUUUUUUUUAAAUCACAGAAAUGUUUACUUUAAUUUAUACAGUUAAGGUUUAAUUUGGUUUAGAAGAUACACUUAGCUGGUGGACAGCAGACUCCAGAGCCUGUGGAAACUAUAAUGAUUGACAAAUUCUACUUUAUUUUUUUGUUUCCGAUGACUCCAGAUGAUCUUUGUUGGGGAUCUUGUUUUCCCUUCAGAAUUACAGGUUUCUCUAAUCUGCUCUUGAAUAGAUUUUAAAAAAUCUAAGCUGCUUUGCUGGAGUUCCUGACAACUUAGCAUCAGUAAAUGGAUUAGUUUAGCUGCUAUUGCAAAUCAUGUUUUUGUAUCAUUUGAUCUGUCAAACCAUCUUUCAUGCACUGACAUCACCUGCCAAAUGCACCAACAAAUCUUAAAGUACAAUCUUCACACUGAAUAAAGUAAAACGAUUAAAGGGAUUUAGAUUGAACACCUUGCUGAUACACACUGCUGUGAGGCAGAUUUAGCUCGUCUGACAAUUGGCUGUUGACAUACUAAAGGUCAGAUCAGGUAUAUCUGUGUGAUCCCCUUUUUUUUUUGAUGUAUAAGCAUCUUCAGAAGACACACACACACACACACUUACAGGUGACCAUGAACUCCCCAUACUCUCUACUGAACACACACCACCUCCACUCAGCACUGUAGAGCUGUUUUUGUGGUGUGACUCAUCUCAUAACCUCAACCCGAAUAUUUUAGGAGCUUCUAAUCCAGAAAAACCCCCUGGCUACUCUCAUAUCUCACACAUCCAGAUGAACGGCUGCACACACUCUGCAACACGCACAUACACACCACCAGAGAUUAAAACCCCCUCAGUCUGGCAGCAACAGAGAGACACACACAGGUUGUCAAGUGGAUCACAUACACAUGUGAUCUGAUGCUGAAGUAUGCGUCCAGUGUGUCAGUUAAUCCACUCGGUCUCUGAGAGCGAGGACACAAAAGCAGGAAUGGAAAACUGUGCAACCCUCACACACACACACGCAUCCUAUUAUGUACUUGAAUAGGCAGCUGAAAAUCACUAUUAAAUAUGACUUUGAGCUUGUUUGGUGUUACUUUAUACAAAAUAAAUGACAAUUUUGCCAGUUGGUAUGUCAUUUUUAAUGUUUAACACUCAGGAUCAAAAAUAUUUUGUGCCAGCAUAAUUCCUGCAAUACAAACCAAAAGAGCUGAUAUUAGUGAUGAGGUUAAGUAUUAACUGCCCUCUAGUGUUCAUAGUUGAGUAGAGUAAGUAGUACAUAGAAUAGCAUGGGAAAAUACCUACUUAAACAGUCUAAUUUGAACUAAUUUCAAUGAGUAAAGAUUUUUCUCUCAAAUUUAGUAAAAUGUGUGGUGGAUUAUAUGUAUAAAUAUAGUUACACUGUUUGUAAUUAUAUAGUAAAUUACUGUUUUUAUCGGUCAGAGAUGUGCAAUCAGUUUGUGUGUGACUUUCAUGAGGUGAUGCUUGUGGUUGCUACACCAACUCUAAGUGCAUUACAUGUCUUCAGCUUCUCAGAUGUGAGGAUUUACUGCGUUUCUCUGUUUAAUAUUUUUGUAAAUUGAACAUUUUGGACUUUUUGGAGUUAAACAAAACAAGCAUCUUGAAGAUGCCAUGUUAGCCUCUGGGAAGUUGUGAUAUAUAUUCUCCCCUAUUUUCUGACAUAUUAGACUAAAUUAAUAAUGUACUAAUUAUAAAAGAAAAACAAUCCACAGAUUAAUUGUUAAUGAAAAUAAUUACUUGAAGCAGCCACUACUACUUUUCACAGAACAGCUGUUAACAUUACAAUGACCAGUUAGGGAACUUGACGUGUGUCACAAAGCAGGACAUCAUCAUAAAUUCAUGUGAAAUGACAAACAGUGCAUACAUAUAUGAUUGAGGGACAACAGGAUUAUGUUAACUGACACAAAAAGUAAAUAACAGAAUAAUAUUCAACAGUUUUUUAUGAUUACAUCAGAUCCACAAGUCAGCUAGAUGAGUGGAAGUAUGUUGCUCAGUCAGUUGUUUAGUGAAAUCCAUAGGGACACAAAAUGCAGCCACUCCCUAUGGCACGAAAGCACUGUAGCGUUGUGUAUUUACUGGAGCACCUCGGAAUACAAGCUUCAGGAAUGAACAACAAAUCCCUGGAAUUACUAGUCAGGGCAGUGAAAAGAUAGUUAGGCACAAAGGGUCAAAGUGUUUCUAAGAGCAGCCUCACCAGUGUAAAGUAAAUCAUCAUAAUCAUCAGCAUAGGUUGUGUUGGAUGUUUCAAAAGGCCUAAAAUCCUUUUCUCUCAGUUUGGGACUCAAAUCCAUUUUUUUUACGCCUGAUGUGAUUCUCCUCCGGGGAGAGUGUGGAGAGAAGAUUAACUGUGCAAAUCAGAGUUUAUGUGCCUGUGUGGCCUUGAGAUAAACACUGACAUUCAAGCAUUUUUUUUUGCUUUGCACAAAGUCAACCUUUCCAUUUAAAAUUCAUAUUUUGGAGCUGAGUCUACCUUUGAAUACAAACUUCAUAGUUAUCUGGUGUGUCUGAUCUCUACAGUCUGUGUC